UUAUCAUUCUCCCAUUAUCUUUUUAACGAACCAAACUUAGCGUAUUAAUGCUCUCAUACACCAUAAUCGAUUCUUUCUCCGGGCUUAUUUUGAGUAGGAAUAGCCUCAGUGGAAACUUGCCAGUUCAAGGUUUUACAAAACUGAAGAUAUUAGAUUUGAGCUCGAAUCUAUUUAGAGGGACCAUUCCUUCAUCUAUUGGGGCACUUCAUUCUCUAAGGGCAUUGUUUCUAUCUUCUAAUUGGUUUAACGGCUCAUUACCAAAUCUCGGAUUUACAAGAUUGGAGAUACUAGAUUUGAGUGGUAAUCAAUUUAGCGGGGCCAUUCCUCCAUCUAUUGAGGCACUUCAUUCUCUAAAGGCAUUGUUUCUAUCUGAUAAUCAACUCAAUGGCUCAUUACCAAAUCUUGGUUUUACAAGAUUGGAGAUAUUAUAUUUGAGUUCGAAUCAAUUUAGUGGGGCCAUUCCUCUAUCCAUUGUGACACUUCAUUCUUUAAAGGCAUUGUCUCUAUCUUCUAAUCAGUUUAACGACUCAUUGCCAAAUCCCGGUCUGUGUGGAUUAAAGAGGCUUCAAGAGUUGGAUCUGAGCCAAAACAGUUUUGAAGGGACACUUCCUCCAUGUCUAAACAAUCUAACGUCUCUUAAACUUUUAGAUAUUUCAAACAAUUUUUUCUCCAAAAACCUUUCCUCAGAUUUGAUACAAAGCCUCCCAUUAUCCCUUGAAUUCAUUGAUCUUCGUCACAACAAUUUUCAAGGCUUAUUCUCCUUCAACUAUAUUAGAAAUUAUUCCAAGCUUGAGGUAUUCAUGCUCACAGGCUACAAAGAUAGAUUACAAGUUGAUGCUCAGUGUCCAAAUUGGAUUAAUAUGUUGUUUCAAUGCAAGGAAUUGAUACUCUCUGAUUUGAGCAUGACCAGUAUUCCAAAGUUUCUCUUUUAUCAACAAAAAUUGAGAGCAAUUGAUCUUUCUCACAACAAGUUGAAAGAAGAGUUCCCUGUUUGGCUACUGCAAAACAAUUCUAACCUCAAAUUUAUGAAUCUCAUGAAUAAUUCUUUUGUUGGUCAACUCUAUUUGCCAUCACAUGAAAUUAGAAAUAUGGUUUGCAUGGAUCUCUCAAACAAUCAUUUUACUGGAAAGUUGCCAAAGGAUUUUGGGGACAAACUUCUUGGCUUACAAUAUCUUAAUUUGUGUCAGAAUCAGUUUGUAGGUGCUCUUCCAAGUAGUCUGGGUAAUAUGAGAGAUUUGGUCACGUUGAACUUGGCCUUCAAUUUUUUCUCAGGAGAAGUCCCUACUGAAUUACUUAUGGGGUGUAGCAAGUUGGAAGAUUUGAGGUUGUCUUACAAUAGAUUAAAAGGCCAAUUUUUCUCAUCUAAAUUCAACUUGACCUCUUUGCGUCAUCUAGAAUUGAACGACAAUGGAUUCGCUGGAAGCCUGUUGAAUGUGAAGCUUGAGACAUUGACAAUGUUAGAUGUUAGCAAUAACUACUUUAGGGGUCCAAUUCCUACUUGGGUUAAUCAGGUGAGUUUCUUAAUUUCAUUGAGGAAUAACUCUUUUGAAGGCCAAUUUCCAUGCCAACAAUCUAUGUCUAACUGGUUACAUUUUUUGGACUUUUCUCAUAAUUUUCUUUCUGGUCAUCUACCUUCUUGCAUUGAUUUCACCAACAUCAAUGAGGUUCAUUUAGAAGGGAACAAGUUCACAGGAUUGUUGCAAAAUUUUCUUCCCAAUUCCUCAUGUGGUCUUUCUGUGUUGAAUCUUAGAGAUAACAACUUGUCUGGCUUCAUCCCUGACCUAAGUGGUACGUUUCUAAAUCUAAAAAUUCUUUUGUUGGGAAAAAAUCAUUUAAAGGGUUUGAUUCCAGAGACAUUGUGCUUAUUGGAAAAUAUAAGCAUAAUGGAUCUUUCUAGUAACUCUUUCUCUGGAACAAUACCCUUUUGUUUCCAAAAUUUAACAUUUGGGGUUAGGGAAAAUUAUGGUGAUACUCUUAUACAAGACAAAUGGCUAUUUGGGAACAUGUUUACUGAUGAAAAUCACAUAUAUGGAGAUUUCAUAAAGAAAAAUUUGGACCUUCCCAUGUAUAUUGAGGUUGUAGCAUUGAAUGAGAUCUAUUUGGUUGAUAAAAAUAGAGGCACCUCUUACAAGGGUAGUAUACUAAAUUUCAUGUCUGCUCUUGACAUGUCCUGCAACGAUCUGACUGGAGAAAUCCCUCAAGAGCUUGGAAAGCUUACACAAAUUCGUGCUUUAAACUUAUCUCAUAAUCAAUUAUCGGGUCCUAUUCCAAUUACUUUGUCAAAACUAUCCAACAUUGAAAGCUUGGACCUUUCCUACAACAAUUUGAGUGGAAAUAUCCCUUUAGAGUUGACCAACCUAAACUUCUUAGAGGUCUUCAAUGUGUCAUACAACAACUUAUCUGGUGAGAUUCCAAUGAAAGGACAGUUUUCAACGUUUGAGGAAAGCAGCUAUGCAGGAAACCAAUUUCUUUCCAGGCUACCAUUGGAGAAAUGCUGCAUCAUUAAUACUGAGACACCACAUUUGGAAUUAUUACCUUCAGAUGCAACUAAAGGGAAAUGGUAUGAAGUUGACCUUCUUGCUUUCUAUGCAUGUUUUUCCCCAGCAUAUGCAAUGUUCUUUCUGUUGAUCGUGUCCCUUCUCUACAUCAACCCUCACUGGCUUGAAAGGCCACUUUAUUUCAUAUCAAACAUUAACUACCUUCUGAAUUUGGCAUUCUUCGACAUUUUGAGUCAUUGAUGAAGAUUUUUAAUAGUCCAUCUUAUUACCUAGUUCUUGCAACUUUAUACACCAUGUAGUCAGUUUAGUCCUUUGGUUGUGACAAUGCCUAGUUAUUGUGUAUAAGUUUGGAAAUCUAAAUUUAAAGAGGUUGUGUAUUUGAAUUUGGGGUUUAAAUUCAAAUAAAAGGUUUGUUUUUAU